CAAACAUUUCAAAAGAAACGCAACAAUUUCUAAAACCCUAAACCAUAAAAAACACACACAAACAUCCUCAUCAUGGAACAAGAAACCAACCUCAAAAUCGAAACUCAAAACCACCCAUCUAAUUUCAAACACGAAAUAGUCAACGACCAACAUCUUGAAAUUAAAGAAUUUGAAGAAGAAUUUGAUGAAGAAGAAGAAGAAGAGGAGGAACUUUCAUGGUCAUCAGAUUCAGAAAUCGGAGAAGCAUUAGAUUACUUAGACACCCAAAACGACACCGUUUCACUUGACGGGUCUUUGAUUCUUAAUGCCAGACGUCCAAAUGCUCAUGGAGGAGUUCAUUCCCGUCCUAAUGCUUCGCCCCUUCAACCGCUUUCGAACCGAAACCAAAAGUUUACUAAUCAUAUUAGAGCUUCCCCUUUAGAGGAGUGGGAAGGAAGGUGGAAUAGUGGCAUGUCAAAUUCUGUUACUACUGCCAUUCGUGAGAGCGUGCGAGGCAUGGCCAUUGGUAAGACUAAAACUACUGAAAAGGCUGAUCGAGCAACUGUUGAACAGGCAAUUGACCCCAGAACUCGCAUGGUUUUGUUUAAAAUGUUGAAUCGAGGUGUUUUCCAUGAUAUCAAUGGCUGCAUUUCAACUGGGAAGGAGGCAAAUGUAUAUCAUGCUACAAAAUCUGAUGGCCAGGAACUUGCAAUAAAGGUCUACAAGACAUCUGUUCUUGUGUUCAAGGAUAGAGAUCGCUAUGUCCAAGGUGAUUAUCGGUUCCGAUACGGAUAUUGCAAGCACAACCCCAGGAAAAUGGUGAAGACUUGGGCUGAGAAGGAAAUGAGGAAUCUUAUGCGACUUAAAGCAGCUGGAAUUCGUUGCCCCACUCCCCUUCUUUUAAGGCUUCAUGUUCUGGUUAUGGAGUUCAUAGGCACAACAGGUUGGGCUGCACCUCGACUUAAAGAUGCUGCAUUGUCUCUAGACAAGCUACGGGAAGGUUAUUUUGAGAUGGUAACAACGAUGCGGGUGCUGUAUCAAAAGUGCAAGCUAGUACAUGGAGACCUUAGCGAGUAUAACAUACUUUUCCACGAGGGUCACAUGUACAUUAUUGAUGUAUCUCAAUCUGUCGAUCUUGAUCAUCCGCAUGCAUUGGAUUUCUUGAGAGAGGAUUGUGUUCAUGUAUCUGAUUUCUUCAAGAAACAUGGAGUAGCUGUUAUGACUAUUCGUGAGUUGUUCGAUUUUAUUGUUGACCCAUCAAUAGACGAGGAUUCUGUCGACAGCUACUUGGAGGAGGCUCAACAAAAAGUUUUGGCCAGAGGAGACAAGAUAUCUGCAGAGGAUGAAAUUGCAGAUGCUGUUUUUGUUCAGUCAUACAUUCCAAAGACAUUAGAUAAUGUAAAAAAUGCUGAGGCGGAUGUAAUACGUCUAACGAGUGGGCAAGACACAGGAGACAUGUACUAUCAAACCAUUACAGGGCUUAAACAUGCCAUCUCAAUUGAACAACAACAUCAGGAAGCAAGUCUUCAACAAGAACCCCCUAAGGAUCCAACUCAACAUUCUAAUUCACAAGAUCAUGAAUCACAAACCGAAUCAGAUGAAGAUAACUCUGAUGAUUCUGAAGAUGAUGACGGAUCUUCUUUUGAUAAUGAUAAACUGACACCUUCGGAGAAAAAAGCAGCUAGAAAAGAGAAUAAGAAGAAAGUAAAAGAAGAGAAAAGAGAAGCGCGGAAGACUAAAGUGCCGAAAGCUGUGAAGAAGAAAAAGAAGAAGUUGGCGAAAGCAAAGAAGACCCGUUAGAUAACGUGUUCUGAUAAGAAAGAUAGUAAACUUGGGUAUAUGGACAAUUUUGCGGUUAGAUUCUUGUAUAUUGUAGAGAAUCUCAGAUAAUUUGAGUCUGUGACUAGAUAUUCUUUGCAUUUAUCUAUAUCUAUGUUGCUAUAGUCA